AUGAAAAAGUUCGUUCUUCUAUUUCUUUUCUUCGUUAAAUCGAACGCUUUUGGUAUUCGAGACUUUGAAAUCACAUUGGAUAAAGAUCAAGGAAUUUAUAAUCCAGGAGAUGUUGUUAGUGGAAACUUCAAGCAGGUUUCAGGGAAAAGUUCGGAGCUGGUAAGUUCUAAAAAUGUUUUUUUUUUCCAAAAAAACAUUCGAUCAUUUAGAAGAUCAAGGAGAUCACGAUGGAUUUUAUUGGAGUUAUCCGAACUGCGAAAUUCGAUAGAAAAGGUGUAAUCCUCUCCUCCACCCAAAUUGAUUUAUUCAAGGAAUCAAAAACUAUUUCACCUGGGAGCUCCAAAUUCUCCUUCAAACUCCCAAAAUCCCUUCCAAUGUCUAUUGAUUAUUACAAGAAUGUUAUCAAAUAUUCGCUAAUUGCUCAUGUUAAACUCGAAGAUGGUAGAAUUCAUCGAGUUCCAGAGAGAAUUUUAACAGUACUGGGAGGCAUUGAUUUAUCGAAGGAUUCUAAGAAAUACGAGAAAAUAGGGAAAUGCGAAAAUACCACAGCUCUGGGGUCGGUUUGGAGCACACCUUUCAAAAUUUCAGCGGAAAUUGAUAAAGUUGGCUAUGUUUCUGGGGAAGAAAUCGAUAUCAAGCUUAAAAUUGAUAGCGAGUCAAAAUGGACGUUGAGUAGAGUGAGUUAGGGGAACUUGUGCAAUUCUAGGGCUGCACGCGGGGCACCCCGCGAUGAAACGCCGUGCAAAAAAUCGCUUGCCCCUCGCCCCUUUGCCCCCUCGUCCCCUUGCCCCCUCGCCCCGUCGCCCCUUCGCCCCGUCGCCCCGUCGCCCCUUCGGGGGGGCGAGGGGGCCGCCCCCACGCCCCAUCGUGCAGCCCUAUGCAAUUCAAACAAUCUCUAGAAGUAUUUUUUCCAGAUCGAAUUUAAUUUGGUUGUGACUCACACAACUUUGACAAAAAAGGGCUUGAAUAACACGAUGAAAUCCACUGAUCCUAUCCCAAAAACAUCUGACAAAAAAAAUAUUGAAGUAUUCACGAGAACCUAUGAUGCUGAAAGUUCUGCUUUCCUAAAUACCGCGGAGCUGCAUUAUUCAAAAAUUCCUAGUUCCUUCAAAAUCAAUGAGAGCAAUUGGGCUUGCCCACCAACAGUACUUCCGGGAACUCAACUAAUCUCAGUUGAGUAUGUUGUGAGGGUGACUGCUGUGAUGUUUGGUCCCACAACUUCUAGAACUGAUGUGAGAUGUGAAAUCCCGGUGACUAUUGGAGUUGUGCCAACUAAGAAUUCGAAACUUUUCGGCAAGAAACCAAAAAAAUAUCUGCCGCAGCAGCAGGGAAGCACGGGCUCAUUUUUCAGUUCUACAGAGGCUUUUGAGUUCAAUGUGCUGUAUCCACAUUGGAUUAAUUCUUCUUGA